GGGAAUCAGAUUGUAACACCCUGUGAAUAACAUAAUGGUCCUAAAACUCCUAAACCCGUUGUUGUUUUUGUUGCGGAUUGCAGAAUCACAUGGGAUUCACUGACCGAAACGCAUACAUUCUUUUUCGGAACCGGUCGGGCGGGUCGGGUCUCAUCGUCGAAGACAAGGAUAAACAAAAACUUCUGGAGCGAUAGCACGCGGUGGGAUGGGAUCUGUAAUUCUGUACGAAUCUGUAGUGAUCUAUACCAUUAGUGCAGACAUGUUCCGUUUUCCUAGUGGAGUCGCUACCUCACAGCGGCAAAACGAUAGACGAGGGGAUGAGGGGGGUAUCGACUCGCAAAUAACACAGGUUGGGCAUCUUCCCAGCGUAAGCGUAAUAUAUCAAUCAACGGCAAUGUGCAAUUGUGGUGCAAUAUUCAUCAGUUCAUCUCAAGUUCUACCAACCUUGGUAACCGACAAGGUUGUAAUCGAUUUUUUUAAUGUUGGUAGAAAGGUAGAACUAAGGAUGUAUUUAAGUUGGCCAAAUGCAUAUAUUGAUUUUGACAUUUAUCAUGUGAUUUUUCAGUUUGACGUUUGUGAUUUUCGAUCAUAUGACAGUUGGGCGAGGUGUUAUUUUCAUCUCGUGAGUUUCCUACAUUUUUUUGGUUCAUUCACGAAUAACACAAAAAAUAUGAAGGGGUGCCUCUUUAAUAUUGAUAACGGCUAUCUAGAAGGCCUAUGCCGUGGCUUCAAAUGUGGAAUCCUCAAACAAACAGAUUACCUCAAUUUGGUUCAAUGUGAAACCCUGGAAGAUUUAAAACUUCACUUGCAAGGCACAGACUAUGGAACUUUUCUGGCAAAUGAGCCCUCGCCCUUAUCAGUGUCCACAAUUGACUCAAAACUCAGAGAAAAAUUGGUGAUAGAGUUCCAGCACAUGAGGAACCAAGCUGUGGAACCCCUGUCCACAUUCCUAGACUUCAUAACCUACAGUUACAUGAUUGACAACAUAAUUUUGCUCAUUACUGGCACCCUACACCAAAGGCCUAUAGGUGAGUUGAUUCCAAAAUGUCACCCUUUAGGAAGCUUUGAGCAGAUGGAAGCUAUCCAUGUAGCUGCUACCCCUGCUGAACUAUACAAUGCAGUGCUAGUUGAUACACCUCUUGCACCAUUUUUUGUUGAUUGUAUCAGUGAACAGGACUUGGAUGAGAUGAACAUUGAGAUUAUUCGUAACACUCUGUACAAGGCUUACUUGGAGGCAUUCUGGAAGCUGUGCAAGGAAAUUGGAGGCACCACUGCAGAUGUCAUGUGUGAAAUUGUUGCUUUUGAAGCAGACAGACGUGCAAUCAUCAUCACUAUCAAUUCAUUUGGUACUGAGUUGAGUAAGGAUGAUAGGGCUAAGCUCUACCCACGUUGUGGGAAACUGUACCCUGAUGGUCUAGCUGCCUUGGCUAGGGCAGAAGACUAUGAACAAGUCAGAGCUGUUGCUGAAUACUAUGCAGAGUAUUCCAAGCUGUUUGAGGGUUCAGGAAAUAACCCAGGGGAUAAGACUCUGGAAGAUAAGUUCUUUGAGCAUGAGGUAAGGUUGAACAUCAAUGGUUUCAUGCAGCAGUUCCAUUUCGGGGUUUUCUAUUCAUAUUUGAAGUUGAAGGAGCAGGAAUGCAGAAAUAUUGUGUGGAUUUCAGAAUGUGUUGCUCAGAAACACAGGGCAAAAAUUGAUAACUACAUUCCAAUAUUUUAAAAAUAUAUUCCAUGUUGAAAUUGUAUGUUAGAUAAAUGUUGAGAAAUUCCCUUUUUGCCUAGUAUGAUUCUCUGUUGGAUUAUCAUUUUCCACAUGUAUUAUAUCAAUGUAUUUAAUCAUUUAAUUUUAAAUUUACAGAUAAUUACCUAUUUACUUUAUUUAUGUACCAUUUCUACUCUUGUUUUUAUUCACUGUUUUUUGUUUGAAAACAUUAGGUUAUUCUAAAUAAUUGUAUAAAAUAUUGUUGUAGAUAUUAUGUAAAUUUUAUCACCAUAUCAUUUUUGUCUGGAUUCCUUAAAUAUAUAUUUAUAAUGGA